UCGGGAAGCGCCCGCCCCUCUCCAGGGGUGGGCGGGGCUGCCUCUGCCCCCUCCCCCGGCGUCCAGUCUCGCGGAGCCGGAAGCGCGGACUCGGCGGUCGGGAUGCGGGUGGCCGUUGACUUCGAGGAGUGCCUGAAGGACUCGCCCCGCUUCCGGGCUGCCCUGGAGGACGUGGAAGGAGACGUCACUGAGCUGGAGCUGAAGCUGGACAAGAGGAGCCUGAGUUCGGCCUUGACUUCCUCUCUGUGGCAGAUGGAUGAGUCACGCUGCCCCGGAAUAAAGAACUGGCAGCUGGUGAAGCUCUGCAUUGUCAUGAUUGACACCGGGAAGGCCUUUUGUGUGGCAAACAAGCAGUUCAUCCAUGGCCUCCGGGAUCUGGCCCAUUACUCCAGCAGGGAUGACCUGGUGGAGGGCAGCUUGUCAAAGUUCUCCGACAGCCUCCAGGAGAUGAUCAAUUACCACACGCAGAAGCCUCUGCCGAAGACCAGCAGAUGCAAAGUGGUUGCUGGGGGCUGCUGUGUGGAAGGUGCUUCUCUCGGCCUGAGCUUUUUCCCCUUUCAGAUCCUCUUUGACCAGACCCAGAGGUCCAUUAAAGCACAGCUGCAGAUGUUUGUUAAAGAAGACAUCCGGAAGUUCAAAGAUGCCAAGAAGCAGUUUGAGAAAGUGAGCGAGGAGAAGGAGAACGCCUUGGCCAAGAACGCCCAGGCGCCCAGGAACAAGCAGCACGAAGUCGAGGAGGCCACCAACAUCCUCACCGCCACCCGGAAGUGCUUCCGGCACAUCGCGCUGGACUACGUGCUGCAGAUCAACGUUCUCCAAUCCAAGAGGCGGUCGGAGAUCCUGAAGUCGAUGCUGUCCUUCAUGUGUGCCCACCUGGCCUUCUUCCACCAAGGCUACGACCUGUUCAGUGAACUGGGGCCCUACAUGAAGGACCUGGGCGCUCAGCUGGACCGGCUGGCUCUGGACGCGGCCAGGGAAAAGAAGGAGAUGGAGCAGAAGCACUCCACCAUUCAGCAGAAGGGCUUCUCCAGCGACGACCUGAAGCUCGAGUACAACGUCGAUGCGGUGAACGGCAUCGUCAUGGAGGGCUACCUCUUCAAGCGAGCCAGUAACGCUUUCAAGACCUGGAACAGGCGCUGGUUCUCCAUCCAGAACAACCAGCUGGUCUACCAGAAGAAGUUCAGGGAUGCGCCCACUGUGGUGGUUGAAGACUUGCGGCUAUGCUCGGUGAAGCCCUGCGAGGAUCUGGAGAGGCGCUUCUGCUUCGAGGUGGUGUCUCCAACCAAGAGCUGCAUCCUGCAGGCCGAUUCAGAGAAGCUGCGGCAAGCGUGGAUCCAGGCUGUGCAGACCAGCAUCGCCAGUGCCUACAGGGAGAAAGGAGAGAAGGCCGAGGUGGAGAGGAAGCGCCCCCCCUCCACGGGGAGCCCCGAGUCCAGCCAGGAGUCCAAAGAGAAGUCGCUGAAGGGGGAAGGCUCCCUCCAGAGGGUCCAGGCCAUUGCCGGCAACGAGAUGUGCUGCGACUGUGGCCUGGCGGACCCCCGCUGGGCCAGCAUCAACCUUGGCAUCACGCUGUGCAUCGAGUGCUCGGGCAUUCACAGGAGCCUGGGCGUCCACUUCUCCAAGGUCCGGUCCCUGACGCUGGAUUCGUGGGAGCCGGAGCUUUUGAAGCUGAUGUGUGAAUUGGGGAACAAUGUGAUAAACAGGGUGUAUGAAGCAAACAGAGAAAAAAUGGGAGCCAAGAAGCCUCAUUCUGGAAGCCAAAGGCAGGAGAAGGAAGAGUACAUUAGAGCCAAGUACGUGGACCGGCGGUUUGUGUCCCCCGCUGACCCAGGGGGGAAGCCAGCCCUGACCCCCAACCAAGAGGCGAAGAAGCAAGGCAGCCCUGAAAGCACAGCAGCCCCUCUAAAAGUCCCAGGCAGCCCCCAGGCCUCCCAGGCCGACGGGGAGGAGAGCAAAGAGCGUUUGGCAGCCGUUGCCCCAGCCAGCGUCUUGCACGAACCAGAGGGAGAAAGCCAGGGGGAGGCCUCCUCCUCCUCCUCCGCUGGUGCUGCUUCCCAGGAUGCCAAGCUGUGGGUCGCAGGGCUGCAGCUGUACCAGGCAGCCUACCAGAAGAGUCUUCCCCACAUGGCCGAAGCUCUGGCACAGGGGGCAGAGGUCAACUGGCGCAACCAGGAGAAUGGCUUCACUCCGCUGAUCCAGGCGGUUCGUGGGGGCUCCCUGGUCACUUGUGAGUUCCUCCUCCAGAACGGGGCCAACGUGAACCUGAGAGACGCCCAGGGCAGAGGGCCGCUCCACCACGCUACCAUUCUGGGGCACACCGGGCAGGUGUGCCUCUUCCUGAAAAGGGGGGCAAACCAGCACGCCAGGGACGAGGACGGGAAGGACCCCCUGAGCGUCGCCAUAGAAGCCGCCAACGCCGACAUCGUGACCCUGCUGCGCCUAGCCAGGAUGAACGAGGAGAUGCGGGAGUCGGAGGGACUCUACGGCCAGCCAGGCGAUGAAACCUACCAGGACAUCUUUCGGGACUUCUCCCAGAUGGCCUCCAACAAUCCAGAAAAGCUGAAACGCUUCCAGCCACCUGACACGCCGGAGCCCUGAAAGGCCUAAGAGUUCGCAAUGAAUGAGACCUCCAUCCCCCCAUGUACCCUUAUCUCUCCCCCCUUUUUUAUACAUAAAUCUGCUUCACUUGCA